AUGAAGCUGGUGGCCUCUUCCUAUCUGGCCGCGGUUGCGUGUGCUUUUCAGGUUCUUCCUCCUGUCACAUGGAAUGCAACUGGACUAUCUGAAGAUGGAUUCGACAUCAAAGCAAUCGAAAGAAAAAUUUUCAUCACCAGCAGUUUUGCAGUUUGUCGGGAUGACAAUGGCUUGACAUUGAUUCCUCCUUCUGCUGGGGAUUUUGCAGAGACCUUCCGUCAGGACCUGCAGGCAGUGACGAACACGUCUUGGGUGCUUCAUACGGUAGACGCGUUCCCUGACACUGAAACAGGAAUAUUUCUGGACAGUGUGGACGUUCAGCAGGCCAACUUGACUUAUGAGAACAAGGAGCCGACCGAAGAAGGUUAUGAGCUCGUCUUCAGUGCUGGCCGGGCAUACAUUCACGGCUCUGGUGCUCGAGGGAUGUGGUGGGGAACGCGAACAUUUCUCCAGCAGCUGCUGGUCCACGACGGGGGGAUCGUCCCAGCCGGACGGACCCUUGACGCGCCUUCAUCGGUCACGCGGGGGGUUCUUCUCGAUGCGGGUCGGAAAUGGUACUCUCUCGGAUUUCUCAAGGACUUGUGCACGUACGCCUCGUUCUUCAAGCUGUCCGAGUUCCACUACCACAGCAGUGACAACUACCCGUUGAAUCGUGGACAUAAUGAGACGUGGUAUGAAGUUUAUUCCCAAUUCUCCCUACGGCCCGAAAGCGCGGAGUUGCAGGGCUUGGUGCAGAGGCCGAAUGAGUCACUGUCACGGGCUGAGUUUGAGGACUUCCAGUAUCAUUGCGCGCAGCGUGGAGUGACCGUGAUUCCUGAGAUUGAGGCACCCGGCCAUUCUCUGUCAAUCACCAAGUGGAAGCCGGAGCUGGCGUUGGAGCAGAAGGAUCUGCUCAAUUUGACGCACCCGGAUACACUGGCGCUAAUCAAGUCGAUAUGGACGGAGUUUUUGCCGUGGUUUCAAACAAAGGAAGUCCAUAUUGGGGCGGAUGAGUACGACUCGGCAUUGGCGGACCAUUACAUUGACUUCGUGAAUGAGAUGGCUGCCUUCAUCAAUGAGACUGCCGGCAAGAAGGUUCGCAUCUGGGGAACUUACGAGCCGUCCAACACCCGCAACAUCUCCAAAAAUGUCAUUAUCCAGCACUGGCAGUAUGGACAGUCGGAUCCCGUUAGCCUUGCAAGGGAUGGCUAUGAGUUGAUCAAUUCCGAAGAUUGGUGGGCAUACAUGACCCUGAAAAACGACCACAUGCCCAUCUUUCCCGCUCCAUAUCCACCCUCGUUGAAUAAUACUCGAUUGCUAAAUUUUGGGGAGAGCAACGGCCUGCAAUGGACUCCACCGUUGUUUAACCCAUACAAUCUCACGAACCAACCCGAUCCGAGGCGUGUCCAGGGAGCCAUCAUCGCAGCCUGGAAUGACAAUGGUCCUGACGCGACGACGCAGCUGGAGGCAUACUAUGCUCUUCGUGACGGUAUCCCAACCUUCGCGUCUCGUGUGUGGGCGGGGAACCGUGGGCAGGAGCUGGAUCUAUCGAGCUUGUCGGAGUCUAUGCGCGUGCUGACUGCGAAGGCGGUGGCGCAGAAUCUGGAUCGGCGACUUUCUGGAGAGAUGGAGCUAGAUGGAGAAGUACUAUUCAGCUGGGAUGCAAUGGACGAGAAUGCCACGACAAAACAUCACUUGGGAUAUGGGAGUAAAGGGAUGAACUAUUCGCUAGAGCUGAGCAUAACGGGUCCGUUUACUUUGUCCUCCGACGAUGCGACGCUCAAGCUAGGAUCCGAUGGUUCUUUGACCUUCAUGUCGGACGGCUGGGAAUAUCCUCUCCGGUCUGUGUCCGAGGCCGAUGGAUAUGAUCCUGCGUAUCCAGGUCGUAUAUGGGUCAACGAGACGACCUCCACACAUGAGCCGGUGACUGUGCCGCUGGGAAGUCUGAUCACGAUCCAGACGGAUGUUGUUGGUGGAAGUCGCGUUUGGAUCGAUGGUUUAUUUGCUGGCAGGUUUGAGGUGUUUGUCUUCGGGGGAAAGAAUACUUUGUUUUCUUGGAGUCAGAUGGCGUUUGUUGCACCGUUGGAAUGGAUUGAAGGAGGUGUACGCCACUUGCGACUAAGAGUUUAUAAUGAGCAUGACGAUUAG